CCGAGGGCAGCCGCGGGCACCCGGAAGAAGGAGACGCGGCGGCGGCGACGCCGACACCCGCAGGGCGAGUGCGCCGAUCCGCCCGCGAGCCCGGGGAGGAGGCGGCGGCGGCGGCGAGGUCCGGCCCCCGCCGUCCCUGGUGUAGGGGAGAAGCCGAGGGCGCCGCGGCCGGCCCGGGACUUGCACGGGCUCUCGCCCCACUUGGGGUCUCGGACACGCUGAGGACCCCCCCACCCGCGCUGCGCCAUGUUCAAGAAACUGAAGCAGAAGAUCAGCGAGGAGCAGCAGCAGCUGCAGCAGGCGCUGGCUCCCACUCAGGCUCCCUCUGGUUCUUCAACACCAACAAGAACCAGGACCAGGACCUCCUCAUUUACAGAGCAGCUUGAUGAAGGCACACCCAAUAGAGAGUCAGGUGACACGCAGUCUUUCGCACAGAAGCUCCAGCUCCGGGUGCCUUCCAUGGAGUCUCUGUUUCGAAGUCCAAUCAAGGAAUCUCUGUUCCGGUCUUCUUCCAAAGAGUCUUUGGUGCGAACCUCGUCCAGGGAGUCCUUGAAUCGGCUUGAGCUGGACAGCUCCCCUGCUGCCUUUGACCCGCCCUCUGACAUGGAGAGUGAGGCCGAGGACACCCUUGGCGGUUCGGACAGUCUCAACAAAGAACAGUUGAUUCAGCGCUUACGAAGGAUGGAACGAAGCUUGAGUAGCUACAGAGGAAAGUAUUCGGAGCUCGUUACAGCUUAUCAGACUCUUCAGAGAGAGAAGAAAAAGCUCCAAGGUAUAUUGAGUCAGAGUCAAGAUAAAGCACUCCGGAGAAUUGGAGAAUUAAGAGAGGAGCUCCAGAUGGAUCAGCAGGCAAAGAAGCACCUGCAGGAGGAGUUUGAUGCCGCGCUGGAGGAGAAGGACCAGCACAUCAGUGUGCUUCAAACUCAGGUUUCUCUGCUGAAGCAGCGGUUGCGAAAUGGCCCAGGGAACGCAAACCUCCCCAAACCCCUGUGUGAGGUAGAAGCUCAGGAAGAAGAGGGUCCGGAGAGUCACGUGGAGCCAGCAGUGGGAGACGGAGCUUCUGCUAAAACGCUGGAAGCUCUCCAGCAAAGAGUGCGGCGUCAGGAGAACCUGCUGCAGCGCUGUAAGGAGACCAUUCAGUCACACAAGGAGCAGUGCGCGCAGCUCACCAGUGAGAAGGAGGCCCUGCAGGAGCAGCUGGAGGAAAGGCUUCAAGAACUGGAGAAGAUGAAGGAGCUUCAUAUGGCUGAGAAGACUAAACUUAUCACUCAGUUGCGUGAUGCAAAGAACUUAAUUGAACAGCUUGAACAAGAUAAGGGAAUGGUAAUAGCAGAGACCAAGCGCCAGAUGCACGAGACCCUGGAAAUGAAAGAAGAAGAAAUUGCUCAGCUUCGUAGUCGCAUCAAGCAGAUGACUACCCAGGGAGAGGAAUUACGGGAACAGAAAGAGAAGUCAGAAAGAGCUGCUUUUGAGGAACUUGAAAAAGCCUUGAGUACAGCCCAAAAAACGGAAGAAGCACGGAGACAAAUGAAGGCAGAAAUGGAUGAACAAAUCAGAGCGAUCGAGAGGACCAGCGAGGAGGAGCGCAUCAGCCUGCAGCAGGAGUUGAGUCGGGUGAAGCAGGAGGUUGUGGAUAUAAUGAAAAAGUCCUCAGAGGAACAAAUUGCCGAACUACAGAAGCUUCAUGAAAAAGAGUUGGCCAGGAAAGAACAAGAGCUGACCAAGAAACUUGAGAACCGAGAGAGGGAAUUUCAGGAGCAGAUGAAAGUGGCUCUCGAAAAAAGUCAAUUAGAAUAUUUGAAAAUCACCCAAGAAAAAGAGCAGCAAGGGUCUUUGGCCCUGGAAGAGUUAGAGUUGCAGAAGAAAGCAGCCCUCGCAGACAGUGAAAAUAAACUGCGGAACCUUCAGCACGAAGUGGAGACUUACAGAACCAGAAUUCUUGAAUUGGAAAGUUCUUUGGAAAAAAGCUUGCAAGAAAGCAGAAGUCAGUCAGAAGAUUUGACUGUUCAUUUGGAAGCCGAAAAGAAUAAGCACAAUAAAGAAAUUACAAUCAUGGUUGAAAAACACAAGACGGAAUUAGAAAGCCUGCAGCACCAGCAGGACCAGCUGUGGGCUGAAAGGGUCCGCACGUUAGAGCAAGAGCACCAGACCGAAGUGGAGAAACUUCGAGAAAAGUGUGAGCAGGAGAAAGCAACGUUGUUGAAAGAGAAGGAGGUUCUCUUCCAGGCCCACAUUCAAGAGAUGAACGAGAAGACCUUAGAGAAGCUUGACGUGAAGCAAACAGAGCUAGAAUCGUUAUCUGCUGAGCUCUCAGAUGUAUUAAAAGCCCGCCACAAGCUAGAAGAAGAGCUUUCCCUUCUAAAGGAUCAAGGCAGUAAAAUGAAGCAGGAAUUAGAAGCCAAACUGAAUGAGCAGAAACAGCGCCACCAAGAACAAGUCGAUAGUAUCCUUAAGGAACAAGAGGUGUCGAUGCAGAGAACGGAAAAGGCUUUAAAGGAUGAAAUCAAUCAACUCGGGCUUCUCCUGGAGGAAAAGGACAGGCAUCUGAAAGAACAUCAGACCCGGGUGGAAAACCUAGAGGCAGAUGUGAGAAGGUCAGAAGGGGAGCUGCAGCAGGCAUCUGCCAAACUGGACCUUUGUCAGUCGCACCAGAGUGCCACCCAGGAGCAAGCUGCAGCCUACGAGGAGCAGGUGGCUCAGCUCCAGCAGAAGCUGUUGGAUUUAGAAACGGAAAAAAGUCUUCUUACCAAGCAGGUAGCUGAAGUUGAAACACAAAAGAAAGAUGUUUGUAUGGAAUUAGAUACUCAGAAAAUCCAAGUGCGGGACUUGCUACAGCAACUUGAAAAACAGAAGAGCGAAAUGGAGCAGAAGGUGCAGUCUUUAACCCAGCACUACGAGUGUCAGCUCAAAGACAGCAACACGGAGCAGGAGCAGACAAAGCAGGUCCUGAUGGAGAAGGAAAAUGCGAUUUUACAAAUGAGAGAAGGGCAGAGCAAAGAAAUUGAGAUACUCAAACAGAAGUUAUCAGCCAAAGAAGACAGUAUUAGUCUUCUGCGUGAGGAAUAUGAAACUAAAUUUAAAAACCAAGAGAAAAAGAUGGAAAAAAUUAAACAGAAGGCAAAGGAGAUGCAAGAAACGCUAAAGAAGAAAUUGUUAGAUCAGGAAGCCAAACUUAAAAAAGAGCUUGAAAAUACUGUGCUGGAGCUGAGUGAGAAAGAGAAACAGUUCAAUGCCAAGAUGUUGGAGAUGGCACAGGCUAACUCAGCUGGAAUCAGUGAUGCCGUGGCAAGACUGGAGACAAACCGGAAGGAGCAACUAGACAGUCUCACGGAGGCGCACCGGCGGGAGCUCAACGACGUCAUAGCAGGCUGGGAAAAGAAGCUGAGUCAGCAAGCUGAAGACCUGCAGGAGAAACACGAGAUUGAGCUACAGGACAAAGAACAGGAGCUGGAAGACCUGAAGCAGAAGGUCCUCAGAGUUGGGUGUGAAAAAGAAGAGCUGAGCAGGGAAAUAACGUGGCUGAAGGAAGGAAGCGUGAAACAGGAUGCAACGUUCAAGGAAUUACAGGGACAGUUGAAGGAGAAGUGUGUCCACAUAGAGUCUCUCACACAGCAUGAAACUGAACUGAAGGCGCAGCUUCAAAAGCUGGAAGGCGACUGGAAUCAAUCCAUGAAGGAAAACACUUGUCUUCAAGAGCAGCUCGUCGAACUGAAGAUGCUAACUGAGAGAGAUAGGCUCACGAUUUCCGAAUUGACCGACAAAUUAAAGGUGACCGAUGAAGAAUUCCAGAGUUUGAAAUCUUCACAUGAGAGAAGUAAGAAAAACCUAGAAGACAAAACCUUGGAAUUCCAAAAACUGUCUGAGGAAGUGGCUGCCCAGCUAGAUGGUUACUGUAAGAAAACUGAAGCCUUCUUAGAAACUAAGGCAAAUGAGCUCAUCAGCGCCAGUAGUUGUAAAGUUAAUGCCAUCCUCUCCAGGAUCUCCCAUUGUCAGCACCACGCAACGAAAGUGAAGGAAGUACUACUAAGUAAGACUUGCCAAGUUUCUCAACUGGAAGCACAAGUUAGGCAGCUAACGGAGGACCAGGAGAGGCUGAAGAGUUCCUUUCAACAAGCUACCCAUCAGUUAGAAGAAAAAGAGGAUGAGAUCAAGAGCAUGAAGGUUGACAUUGAAGGUCUUGUCGCUGAGAAGGAGGCCUUGCAGAAGGAGGGAGGCAACCAGCAGCAGGCAGCCUCAGAAAAGGAGUCUUGUAUCACACAGCUCAAGAAAGAGUUAUCGGAAAACAUCAAUGCUCUCACGCUGAUGAAGGAAGAGCUUCAAGAAAAAAAAUCCGAGCUCAGCAGUCUCAGCCAGCAGUUGGCUGACUUGAAUGCUCAGCUUCAAAACAGUGUCAGUGUGAGUGAAAAAGAAGCAGCCGUGUCAUCCCUGAGAGAGCAGUACAAUGAGCAGCAACGCGAGCUGUCGCGGCAGGUCCAGGACCUGUCUUUGCAAGUCAGUACUUUGAGUAAAGAGAAAAGUUCUGCUCUUGAGCAGGUAGAUUCCUCAUCCAGCAAGUUGUCAGAAUGGAAGAAAAAGGCACAGUCCAAAUACACGCAGUACCAGAAUACCAUCACAGAGCUCCAGGGGCAACUGGAGAUGAAAACAAGGGAGACCGGUGACAAGGAGGAGCAGAUACGCUUCCUGAAGGAGGACCUUGAGCAGCAGAGCAGGAGGUUGGAAUGUUUAAAGGGCGAAAUGGAAGAGAACAAGAGCAAGAUGGAGAAAAAAGAGCGUGACUUAGAGACCGAGGUCAAGAACCAGGCAGCCAGAAUUGUGGAGUUAGAGAACCUUGUUACUCAGAGAACAGUUGAAAUUGAGUCCUUAAAUGAAACCCUUAGAAGUAAUCAAGAAAGUGGUAUCCAACAGGAAGAACUAGUCCAGAAACUUCACCACUUUCAAGAACUAGGAGAAGAAAAGGACAAUAGGGUUAGAGAAGCAGAAGGAAAAAUCUUAGAUCUUGAAAAGCAGGUGUCUUCCAUGCAAACCGAACUUGAGGCUAAGAAGAAAGAGUUGGAACAGGUGCAUUCGGAUGUGAAAAGCAAAGAGGAGGCGCUGAAGGCCUUGGAAGAAAGACUGGAGUUAGAAAAUGCUGCAAAAUUAGCAGAACUGAAGAAAAAAGCAGAACAAAAAAUUGCUGCCAUCAGGAAGCAGUUGUUAUCACAAAUGGAAGAGAAAGAACAGCAAUAUAAAAAAGACACAGAAAGCCGUGUGAGUGAGCUGCAUGGGAAACUGCAGGAAAGAGAAAGGGAAGUUGGCAUCCUAGAAGAAAAACUGAAGGCAGGGCAGAGUUCCCCACGGUCAGAAGCAACAGAUGUCCCCGGUUCAGCCAGAAAUGCGACAGAUUCCCAAGGAUGCGUGCAAAAGGCAUGUGAAGAACAGAUUGGUGACUUACAAAGGACUUUAGCUGAGAAAGAAAACCUGUUGCAGAGACUAGGGCAGGAGAAAGAAGAGGCAGUGUCUUCUCGCUCUGAAAUGCAGGACAGAUACCAGGAGCUCCUAACGAAGUUGGAACAGGCGGAAACCAAGAAUCGAGAAGCCCAAGUGAGGAUCGAUCAUCUUCAGAAAGAACUCCAAGGUCAAAGCAAGAAAUGUUCUCUGAUAGCACCUCAGCACGUGGAAGAAGAGGGAGGCUCAAAUAACACAGAGGCGAAGCAGAACCUGGACAAUGUAGCUGGUGAUGUCCAGAAGGCCCUCGUGGAGAAGGAGCGGACCUGCCAGAUCCUGGAGCAGAAGAUAAGAGAAUUGGAUUCGUGCUUGGUAAGAGAGAAGGAACUUCAUAGAGUUGAAAUGGGAGAGUUGACCUCAAAAUAUGAAAAAUUGCAGGCUUUACAACAGCAAACGGAUGAAAAAAAUAAGUCCACAGAAGCCUUGGAGGAAAGUGUUGGACAAAAGACCGGGUCACAUGUGGGCCAACCCAGGCCAUCUAGUGACGUGGAAAGCCAGCACAGUGAGCUGGAGCUGAAGUUAGCCGGGGCAGAGCGGGAGAAGCAGAAGCUGAGCAAGGAGAUCACGAGGCUGCAGAAAGACCUUCGGGCGUUAAGGAAGGAGCAUCAGCAAGAACUGGACAUAGUAAAGAAAGAGUGCGAACAGGAAAUGGAAGAGAAAAUCAAACAGGAGCAGGAGGACCUGGAGUUGAAGCACAAUUCCAUGUUGAAACAGCUGAUGAGGGAAUUCAACACCCAGCUGGCACAGAAGGAGCAGGAGCUGGAAAUGACCGUAAAGGAGACCAUCAGUAAGGCGCAGGAGGUAGAAGCUGAACUUUUGGAAAGCCAUCAAGAAGAGACAAAUCAGUUACAUAAAAAAAUUGCCGAGAAAGAGGAAGAUCUGAAAAGAACAGCCAAAAGAUACGAAGAAAUCAUUGAUGCUCGUGAAGAAGAAAUGACUGCAAAAGUAAUGGACUUACAGACUCAGCUUGAGGAGCUGCAAAAAAAGUACCAGCAAAAGCUGCAGCAGGAGGAGAGCCCGAGCAGUGACCACGCAACCAUCGUGGAGCUCCAGACUCAGCUGGCACAGAAGACCACACUGGUCAGCGAUUCCAAGUUAAAAGAACAGGAAUUCAGAGAACAGAUUCACAACUUAGAAGACCGUUUAAAAAAAUACGAAAAGAACAUCUAUGCAACAACUGUGGGGACACCUCACAAAGGUGGCAAUUUGUACCAUACUGAUGUAUCACUUUUUGGAGAACCAACCGAGUUUGAGUAUUUGCGAAAAGUGCUGUUUGAGUAUAUGAUGGGUCGUGAGACUAAGACCAUGGCGAAAGUUAUAACCACUGUACUCAAGUUCCCCGAUGAUCAGACUCAGAAAAUUUUGGAAAGAGAAGAUGCGCGGCUAACGUUGACUUCGCCUCGCAGUGGCAUCUUCUGAGUAAGCCGUCAGUCUAUGCUUAGGUAGCAUGGGUCAUGGCUCCGGCCUUCAUCUUGAAGAAGUUGAACCAGUGACAUAGGGUGACUGCCGCUUGCAGAGCUGUCCACGCUGGCCGUUCUUGGAGCAGCAACCACCGUUCAGGCCCCCGUGUGGCUGGAAGACCAGGAAGAAUCUGACAUUGACCCAUAGAUUUAUUAUAGAAUUGCUUUUCUAUUAGAUUUUGCCAGUGGAGAGGCGUCAGUAGCUUUUCCUUUCUCCUUCAGGGAUUUGUUGCCAAGAGUUUUUUGUUGUUAAAAAGAUUUUUUGAAUAACUUAACCUGACUCAUGGGCUCAUUGAAUAACUAAUUCCUUUCUUCCAUUCUUUUAGUCUCUCAACUGCUUGCCUUUCUUAUUUAUUUUUAGGGUGAUUUUUCUCAAAGACUUGUGCAAUACAUUUUGAGGUGAAACUUAAUGAAUUUUUUUUCUGAUAAAUCAGAGCAUUUAAUUGACUAUUUUACCCAGAUUCAUUUUUUUGACUAUUCACUGAAGACUAGUUCUUUAAGCUAUAUCACAUGAUAAAUCCCAAUGGCGGUACCUCAUUGUUUACUUAGCUUUUGUACCUAUAUUUUUCAGAGGAAAAUACUACUGUAAAUUGUAAAUAGUCGUGACAUAACUAUUAUAUGCAAAUCUGUGACUAUUGGCAAUGUCAUCUGGAGGAAAAGAUAAAUAAAGUUUAUUUACUA